CAGAUGUUUCAAUGACAGUUUAAUUUAUGGGUUUCGAUCCCUUGUUCAAUGCCGAUUACACUAUGAAUUUUCGUUAAAAUAUGCCUGAAGACGCUGUUGCUAGAUUGAAAAUGUCUGAUGAACGGAAUUUCCGUUCAUCAUACUAUGAAAAGGUCGGUUGCCGGGGCGUAGAGGAGAAGAAAUCUCUAGAGAUACUCAUGAAAGAGAAGCCGUGGGAUAAGUUGAAGUUAAAACAGUUUUGCCUUCGGUUUACGGUACCAGCCGCUUAUAGGAAUUUAGUAUGGAAGGUUCUACUUGACAUCCUACCCGUAUACCCAGACUCACACACAUUUGUAACUCAGCAACGGACAGAACAGUACCAGGACCUCUUAUAUGCAGUUGAGAUGCUAGAGUUAGCCGACAUGUCGGGGCCUCGGAGUCAGAUCUUACUGCAAAUGUGGUUGCUAGAGAAUGAAGAGACGAGGCCUCUGCUGUUCCCGGAGACAAAUUGCUGUUCCUCAGACACAUUCGUCCCCAUCGCUGAGACGCUCUCCUCACUGUACUCUGAUGAGGUGGACGUGUACUGGCUAAGCAAGGGACUCGCGGACGUCGUAAGGAACAUGCAGAAGGACCUCAUCAAGCUCAAAGAGGCGUUCCAGAGUAUGCUGGAUAAGGAAGAUCAGGAGUUGUUUAACCACUUAGCAGAUAUCUAUGCAUUGGAUGCACUCCCUCUAACAAAAUGGUUUAACUGUUGCUUCGCCGGCGUAUUAGACGACACUUCCCUAGCCAAGAUUUGGGACAAGGUGUGCAGUGGUGCGCCGAAAAUACUAUCAUUUGUUGCUGUGAUGUUAGUUAUUACGUUACGACGAAAUAUAUUAAAAGCGAAAAAUUCGGAAGAAGUAUUAAAUUGUGUAUCUGAGAUUCCAGAGCAGUGUGAAGAAGUAGUAGCUAAUAAAGCAAUAGAACUAUGGCAAUAUUAUGGUGCUCAGCCGCAAAGCGAUCAACUGGCGAAGAAAUGAUGUAUGACCUUCUAAUGGGUAUAACCCAUUAGAAGUAAAACAGAAGAUAUUUAAGAAUAAAAUUACCUUAUCAGGAAAAAACGAGCUAAAUUUUAAAUACGGCUACUUAGGUGCAGCUAUUUGGUGUAGUGUGCUGUAUAAAUUCGCACUGUAUUGGAUCUAAGUGAUAAUCGUUGUUUAUUAGAGAGUUUUAAAUACAUAUUAUUAUAAUUAUAA